AGUCGGCUUUUAACCUUUUCCUAAAUAUUUAUCUACUUUUUAAAAUAUUUUUAUUUUUUCAACCAUGUUUAUCAAACUUGUUUCUGAAAUUAAGAGUCAUGGAAGCUAAAGAGACACCAUUACAAUUGAAGACAGAAGAAGUAUCUUCAAAUCUGGAAGAUAUAGAGAAACAGGUUCUGAGACCAACUUAUUCAGUUAUUCCUAGGAAGAGAAAGUUCUUUAUCCUAGCUUUAGUCACCUUAGCUGGAUUAUUGGGUCCAAUUUCCGGAAACAUAUAUAUUCCUUUAUUACCAUUAUUACAGGAUGUAUUUCAUGUUUCGGCCACAACAAUCAAUGGAACUGUAUCAGUAUUCAUGAUUACAUUUGCAUUUGCACCACUUUUAUGGGCAAGUUGGGCUGAUUUUGGAGGUCGUAAAAUCUUAUAUUCUGUAUCGUUGGUAUUUUUCAUUCUUGCUAAUAUCUUAUUAGCAGUUGUUCCAGCUAACAUUGGAGCAUUGUACGUUUUAAGAAUCGUUCAAGCAUUUGGUGCAUCCAGUGUAAUUUCAUUAGGAGCUGGAACUGUUGCUGAUCUUUUCAGUCCCAAGGAUAGAGGAAAAGCAAUAUCAAUUUUUAUGAUUGGUCCUCAAAUUGGUCCAAUCAUUGGACCUGUGUUAAGUUCUAUUGGUGCUAAAGGACAAUGGAGAUGGAUUUUUGGAUUUUUGGCUAUAUUUGGUUUUGUUGUAUACUUGGUACUUCUUUUCUUUCUUCCAGAGACCUUACGUUAUCUUGUUGGAGAUGGAGAAUGUUACGGAAAUGGUUCAUGGUUCGUGGUACCAAAACUAAAACAAGAAAAACUUGUUCCUGAAAGUGAACGCUUUCCUAAACCACCAAGACCAAGUAUUAAACUCAUCUGGAAACUUUUAAACUAUAAACCUGUUCUUCUUUGUUCUAUAAAUGGUGGUUUAUUGUUUGCGGCUUUCUAUGCAAUGAGUAUAAGUUUUUCAAGAGUCUUGAAAGAGAAAUAUCACUUCUCUGAGCUUCAUGUAAGUUUGUCAUAUAUUUGUCCCGGUAUUUCCUUGAUUGGGGGUUCCCUUUUAGGUGGAUGGUCUUCUGAUAGAUUAUGCCAAAUGCUUAAGAAAAAGGAUGCAGAUACUUAUAUUCCAGAAAAGAGAUUUUCUUUACAAAUUGUUGGAUUGAUUAUAUCAAUGGCUGGAAUGGUAGGAUAUGGUUGGUGUAUAGAAAAGCAAGUUCAUGUAGUUGCAGUAUUUGUCUUUGCAUUUUUAUCUGGGUUUGGUAUGACAUGGGUUUUUGUUUCCAAUACGACUUACUUGACUGAGUGUACAACUGGUCUGCCAGCUACUAAUGUUGCUAUCGGAAACUUGAUGAGGAAUGUAGCUGCCGCUAUUUCUUCGGUUAUUAUUGACAAAUUAAUUAAACUGAUGGGUUAUGGGUGGUGUUUCACGGGAUUGGCAUUUACAUACCUUGUUGGUAUUGGAUUUGUGAUAAUAUUGCUCAAAUAUGGCUCGAAAUGGAGACAUGAAUAUUCUCUACCUAGAACUAGUAAAUAGUUUAUUGUAAUUAAAGUAUAUAUUUGCAAUGAAUCAAAAGUAUAAUUCUCAAUGCGGCAAUUGUAGGCACAUUUUCUGUGCAUAUAUUUGCUCACUCCCAAGAAAUUUUAGUCCCUGUUAAAGCCUUUCAAUUUGCG